AUAUUUACUUAUUAUAAUUACAUAUCUUCCAGUUUGUUUAUGCAUAGUGCACAUCUUCAUUGUAUAGUGGUUACACAUUUCUGAUGACAGAUGUGUGAUUCGAUUCUCCCAAAAUCUGAUUGCAAUUGUGUGCCGCGUGUUACGAUGAUUAGAAUUGUCGACGCCACCUGCGCGUCAUGCUUGCAAAAUCCAUCACUUGCAUCUCGUCAUUUGAUAGUAGAUUCCUUUCAACAUAUAUUGCCAACUGUCCAACCGUUUGAGAAAUAUAUACACUGUGCAAUUUAAUUCACAAAAUAAGCCGUCGCAAAAUAUUAGUGAUCCUCUUUUGUAAACAAAGAUUGAUGUAAUAUGCCUCUAAAUUACAAUUAGCGAUUAUUCGACUAUUCUAUCCUUUGGACGUCGGUGUUGUAUAGAGUGUUGUCGUGUAAAAUCUCUUUGAUUGUCAGCGCUGAUUCUAUGCGAAGAUCCUUGUACGUAGUGUGGAAUAAACGUCUCCUUAGCAAUCUUCAAUCGAGCCAUACCAAUAAGCUGUUUUCGUUGCGAUGUGUAGAAUACAUUACAUUGAUGACCAAUAUUACAUUUAUUAUUUCAGUUAUACACUUGUUUAUUUCGAUAAAUUACACUUCUGUUCCAAACUCUGAAGUUUUUGUUUAUUGUCUUGUUUGAUGAAUUCCGAAGACAUUAAAUAGUUUAGUCUGAUUAUUGGGCGCUUUAAUCCAGCGUUGAUUAACGCAGGCGAUACGUUGUCGCCGUGUUUGUAAUGCUUCAACAACUUGCACUUUGUUGCGAUGAACUUGCACAGUCGCUUAUUGAUGUUUCCUUUCUUUGUAUGAAUAUUCUUGAAUCACGUACGAGAGAGUAUUAGAUGAAAAUCGUCCGGUGGUCCACCACAAUAGAUAUGUUCGUUGAGUUUCAAUUAAUAAUAAUAACCGAGGGUUUACGUUGCGAGACAACUGAGAUCAUGAGCGACGCCACAGCGGUGAGUUUCAAUAAGUGAUGAUACAUCAGACCUUGUACGACAAUAUUGGACUUCUGUUCAUUCGACAUCAUUGCAAGAACUGGUAGAAGAAAAUAAUUGUGUAGACGCUAUAGUGGAACAUAUCACGUGAUAAGAUUUUUUUAUGUACUUUCCAUUUCAACCGUUAGAUGUGAUUUCAACAAAUCCGUAAUGAAUCGCGCGAUAUAGACUGCUUGUAUAUGAUAAUUAGAUCUGAGUGAUUUCUUGAUUAAUGCAAUGCCCAUUGCAAUGAUUACAAUUACAUCUGGUCUAGUGUAUUUCAAUUCUUCAUUAGCAAACCUAAAAAUUCGACCAUCAAUCCCAGUGGCCCUUACGUUGUUGAAGUGCAAAUAUUUUUAUAACUAUUGUAGAUUCGGCAUACAAGUUCUUGCACCUUCAAUUCCGUAAUUUGUACCAUAUCUCCGAAUACGACCAUAUCUAAGACGCAUUGAAAUGAUGUCAUAAUAGAAUCAUUUCGCUGCUCUUCUUUUUCGAAACAGCUUUUUAUCAUGUCCUCCCAUGACCUAUGAUAACGAGUACAAAAUCCGUCCCUCUCUUCGCUGAAACUUCCUUGUUCUGUUUUCUAGGGUGCUUCUACACUUAAUUAAGUCAUAUCAGUUGUGGGCGUCACUGAGCGGCACGUGUGUAAAACACCUGAUAAGCGGAAUGGGGUCACGCGUCCCAGAAGUAGGGGGCGUAAAAGGGCUAUAUAAGGGACAGGCACGAAAACCACGGCCUCUUUUUUGGGUUCGGCUCCUUGAGUUGUGGCUGCCUUGUUUGCUGUGAGAAGGUAUGGAAUAAACCUUGUUUGUUGCUUGAACCCUUUUCGUUUGCUGUGUCUUCCUUGGCGACGGAACGGACGGACUGACGCCCCGAGGUUGUGGAAACACCGGGUUUCCACAACUGGCGCCCAACGUUUGGGGUCACAGUUCGUCCGUUCGACAGCGGGGAGGACGCAGCACGCGUUGUUAAUUUUUCCUUUGGUACGUUUUUUUCUUUUUCUUUUCUUUCAUUCAGGACCCGCCGGUUUGUUUGUGUUCUUUUUCCGGGGUGUCAUUUUUUUCUUUCUUUUCCUCUUCUGAGCUAGCGUUUUGUUUGUUCGAGUGUGUUUCAGUUGUUUUCGAGUGCUUCGCAGCUCCCACUCGGUGCCCGAGCCCAGGAGUCGAUGGAGCAUUCGCCGCCGCGAGGCCGAUACGACCUCCGGAACGGAUGGAAGGGCACGGUGCUGCAGGAGUCCCGUACGGAGGAAGGGUUGGUUUCCGGCACCGAGGCGCCUUCGGAGCCGAAAGGACCAGCCGGGGGCAAAGGAGCACAUGCAGUGCCUCCGUCCCAAGGUACGUCAAUUACGGUAUCUGCAGUGCCUGCAGUGCCGCAGUUGGACUCCGCUAUAACGACAGAACUCUUGUCACGCAUGACGGAGUUAUGUUCGUUGGUGGCACAACGCCUUGAUGCCGGGUCGGUUUCACCGCCGCAGACACAAGCGCCCCUGCGACUGAAUUUACCGGUCCCUACCUUCUCAGGGUACACCGAUAAAAAGUCGGUCGCAGACUUCUUGGAUGACCUUACAGCCUAUCAGACUGGUAUGGGAAUCUCAGAUGAAGUCCUGAUACAACGCAUCCUGCAGGUUGCUUUGAUCGGAGACGCCGCUCGCUGGCUUCGGCUGCAGUCGAGGUUUACGUCCGUUCAGGACUUUCAGAAGCGGUUUAAGAGCGAAUUUCUUCCACCGGAUUACGAAUAUCGUAUCCUGGAGGAGCUGCAUAAGCGUACUCAGCAUCCAGAUGAGACCUUAGCAGAAUUCGUUCGGGCCUUGCAAGACCUGUAUAGCAGAGCAGAACCUACUGCUACAGAAGAGCAGCGUGUGACGCGGGCUAUCCGUCAGUGUCAUCCUCGCUACCGGCCCUAUCUUCGAGCCCAUCGCUUUAAUAGCCUUGAGGCGCUGGCGCAAGAGGCUCGCUCAAUUGAAGGAGACCUCUUAGCGGAACUCGACUAUCGGCCCCCGCCGCCGCCUGAAUUGGCGUUAGAACCGCGCUGUGCGUGGUCAGCGGGAGCAGCCUCGGUUGAGCGCCCACCUGCAGUGGGACUGGAUGAGCCGAACCGCAAUUAUUAUGCGGAGCCAUCACGCCGAGCACCCGAUCCCUUCCGUUAUGAACAGAGGGCGAUCCCCGCAGGAACGAGCCUUGGCAGACCCGUCCUGUCCCAUAAUCAUGGGCAACCCGGCUAUUUAGCUGGCGAAACCCCAAGGAGGCCGCAGGAGCAACGGCAUGCUCCGCGGCAGCAACACAGAAUGCCAGCCGGCUGUUGGACGUGCGGCAGCCCGGACCACUUUCGUCGGGACUGUCCGCAGCAAAGACCAAACCCCCGUAAUGUGCCAACGGGAAACGGUCGCAGCCGACGCCGGUAAACAAUCGCUCAGCGACGUCGGCUAUCUGCCGAAAGAGCGAACGAACGGUUACAAUCCGUGACCCUGAUAAUUCAGAAGCUGGCUUUGCAAGCAGCAAGAUAAAAGGAGACGCUUUAGCUCCUUUUGCUUUUUCUGUCCGAGAUAACAUCGAGGACAAGGAACCAAACAUCGCUGUUCGAAUUUUGGGGAGAGAUUACAUCGCCCUUAUCGACACGGGAGCUACAGUCUCCCUUAUCGGCGAUUGUGUUUACGAGCACUGCGCAUCACGGAAUGUGGAAUUGCAAUCCACAGAUGUCACUCUACGUCUUGCUUCCAACGACGUGAUUCCCGCACAAACUGCAGUUGUGCUCUGGCUUCGCUUUGAUGGGAGACGACGAAAGCAGCGCUUCGUCCACCUUCCUGGCCUGGCAGUGCCCGUUAUCCUGGGCAGGGACUUCAUCAUCCGGCAGAAAUUUGUGCUGGACCUGCCCAAUGGAGGAUACGUCUACCACGGAUCGUCAGGAUUUUUUCCUUUCGCCGUGCCACAGGACAGCAGUUCAGCUAAGCAAGCUGCAGCAACGUCCGUCGAACCGUCCCCGCUCCCGACUGUCUUGGGGUCAUUCCAUGGUCCCGAGGAGGAGCGCCGUCAGCUUAAACAAGUACUGCGGCAGUUUGACGGUGUCUUCACGGAAAAACCCGGUAAGUCGUCUGAAGGGAGUUGCCUCAGGACAGAAGCCGCCGAUAUUUCGAACAGAGACUGUUCUUCUUCUGGGCACCGUCCUCAUCAUUGGCAUGGUAUUUAAAGGGUUAGGUGUGACGUGUUUAAAGGUUCAUGCGAAUUGUGGGUCAACA